CUCGUAUUGUCACGUGAAAUCCGACCGUUCCGAUAUAACACUAGGAUUGUCAUCUUUUCCCCGAUGGGCUGACUUGUACCACAUAUACUGCACUGUAUAACCCCAGAACAUGUUGGCGCCAAGCACUGUGAAGACGCCGGUGAGGGCCAAGGUCGAUCUGAUAGCCUGGGAUCCGGAUUCCCCAGCCCAUACCGAGAGGAUGGUUCAGCAUCGGAUUGCAUGCGGGUGGAAACAGGACUAUAUCGAAGGGUGGCGGGGUUUGCAGAGAGAGGGGAAGAUGGGUCUUCAGUGGGUUGUUCUAGCAGAGGACGACCCAGAGAAGGAAACCAAGCUCGCCCAGCACCUACUGAAGUACCCCGAAGACGCCACACCCAUUCUUGACACCGCCACCUCCCUGGCUGGUAAGCCACGAUUACCCUCUUCGCGUUCAUUCGUCCCCGUGGGCCAUAUCUCUCUCGACUCAGAAAGCCCCAAUCCUGGCCAAGCAGAUGCCUCACAAGGACUCUACUGCAUCACUACUCUCUACAUCUCCCGCGCUAUUCAUGGAGGUGGGUUAGGCCGUGCUGCCCUGGACGCCGUCGAGAGCCAGGCCAUCAACGAGCCGUUGUGUGCGAAGAUAUUGUCUCUUGAUACUCUGGCAAACAGCAGUUGGAAUAGAACAGAUAUAUGGGAGGAGAUGGGCCAGAAGAAGCCUGAGAUGUCGGCUGAGGAUUGGUAUGAGAGAUGUGGAUAUAAGGCCUGGAGAUACAACGAAGGCCAUAUCCAGCACCGGACCGACGAUGGUAGAGUUUGGCCCCUAGACGGCGUCUUUAUGAAGAAAACGGUUGUAUGAAUUUGAAUUACGAUCUCUUAAUUCUAACUCAUGCGAUUGUUUGGCUUUGUGAAGUAGAAGGCGAAUACAUUUACCUCUAUCAUGUAGGUUCUCAAAGGGCAGAUUUUGUGACGUGACGAUAUAGAAGCCAACCGAUACAGUGCAGUCAUCUGCGCGAAUUUCACAGAUUAAGAUAUCAAUAUGUUCGCCUCUGGCAAGUAAUAAACUAACGC